AUGCUUCAUCGAUGCGCCUUCCUCCUGCGACGCCGCGGCGCUGGCAUCAUUGGUCUCCCAAAUGUUGGGAAGUCCACGCUCUUCAACGCUCUAACCUGCAGUCAACAGGCAAAAACGGGCAACUUUCCAUUUUGCACUAUCAACGCAAACCUUUCGAAGGUGCCGGUUGUGGACGACCGACUCCGUCGGCUUGCCGCCUUCACUAGGGCACAGAAGAUUGUAGACGUGGAGAUUGAUCUCGCAGACGUUGCGGGCCUUAUUGAGGGCGCCUCUAAAGGGGCCGGUCUUGGCAACAAAUUUCUUGCCGACAUCCGCCCAUGCACAAUCCUGCUACACAUGGUGCGCUGCUUUGAGAGCGCCAAAGAUGGCUUUGAUACCCCAACGCCGCUCGAGGACAUAAACACCAUCAUGAAUGAACUUGUGCUCGCUGACCUGGAGGCGAUGGAAAAGUCGCUGCACAAAGUUAACAAAACGAGGAAGGCGGGGGAUGCGGCUUUGGUAUUUUGCCAGCGUGUUGUGUCGUGGCUGCAGGACGGUAAACCCGUCUCAGAGAUGCGGCUGAAGACAGAGGAGGAGCGGCAGUGGCUGCAACAGUACCAGCUGCUUUCUGCGAAGCCAAUGAUGUUUGUGCUAAACAUGGACGAGACGAGCGUCGUGGCGGGGAAUAAGUUUGCAGCAGUCGUCGAGGAAAAAUUUGGCACCGACCGAACAUGUCGGGUGUCUGCCUCUUUAGAAGAACAAACCUCGCAGCUGACCUCACGGGAGGAGCGGCUUAUGUUUCUGCAAGAAUAUGGCAUUGAUUUGCCGCAGGGGGAGGUGCUGUUGCGCCAUGCGUACCACCUGUUGCGGCUACAGUCCUUCUUUACGGUAGGGCCACUCAUGGCACACGGAUGGACCACCAAAGUGGGCGCAACAGCAAGGCAGGCGAGCGGAGAGAUCCACUCGGACAUGGAGAAGCACUUUCGGCGCGCCAAAGUGAUGCCGUACGAAGAAUUCUUGUCCAAGCCGAACCUUGAGGCGGCAGAGAUGCAGAUGACCUUCGUGGACGCCAACCAUGUCAUGAGGGACGGCGACGUCAUGAUUGUUGAGCACAAUGCCCCGUCCUAG